CCCAAGCCGAUCCAAGACCCCCCCACCCCAAGUCCAUUGGAGGAGACAAGCGCUUGAGCAGCAUUUGAGGCAGGCAAACCGUUGAAAUUUCUUGUUUGCAGUACUACUUGAUACCCCGGUCCUUUGCCUUCUUCAUACCUGUCUUUACGACGCCCUCGCACGACAAUCCCCACCCCUCCAAGAUGUCCAACACCGACUUCCUCGGCCGCGCAAUUGACGUGGUCAAGAAAGCCAUCGAAGCCGAUACUGCGGCCGAAUAUGAAAAGGCAUAUCAACUCUACUAUCAGUCCCUGGAGCUCUUCAUGCUGGCGCUGAAAUGGGAGAAGAAUGCCAAGUCCAAGGAGAUGAUAAGAGCCAAGGCUGGCGAAUACAUGGAGCGAGCGGAGAAGUUGAAGACGCAUCUAGCAGAGAUGGAUGGGAAGCGGAAAAAGGCAGGCCUCGUGGGCGCAAAUGGGAGUACGACAGGUGGAGCGGGUAAGGGCAAGGACGGCGACGAGGAUGCGGACCCGGACAGCAAGAAAUUAAGGAAUGCGCUUGCGGGGGCGAUAUUGCAGGAUAAGCCGAAUAUCAAGUGGGAAGAUGUUGCAGGCUUGGAGGGCGCGAAGGAGGCGCUGAAGGAGGCGGUUAUCUUGCCCAUAAAAUUCCCGCAUCUGUUUACUGGGAAGAGACAGCCGUGGAAGGGGAUUUUAUUGUAUGGACCGCCGGGGACAGGAAAGAGUUAUUUGGCGAAGGCCGUUGCAACGGAAGCAAACAGUACGUUCUUCAGUGUGAGCAGUUCGGACUUGGUCAGUAAGUGGAUGGGAGAGAGUGAAAGAUUAGUGAAGCAACUUUUCGCCAUGGCCCGCGAGAACAAACCUUCUAUCAUUUUUAUUGAUGAAGUUGACGCAUUGUGCGGACCUCGAGGAGAAGGUGAAUCCGAAGCCUCGCGCCGUAUCAAGACCGAGAUGCUGGUGCAAAUGGACGGCGUAGGCAAAGACAGUAAGGGUGUGCUGGUUCUCGGUGCAACGAACAUCCCAUGGCAAUUAGACGCUGCCAUCCGUCGACGUUUCCAAAGACGCGUACACAUCUCUCUCCCAGAUCUCCCUGCACGGACGAAGAUGUUCGAGCUGAGUGUAGGCACCACACCGUGUGAACUCACAUCAGCCGAUUAUAGGAAAUUGGGAGAGUUGAGUGAGGGCUACUCAGGAAGCGAUAUCAGCAUCGCUGUUCAAGAUGCGCUCAUGCAACCAGUGCGGAAGAUCCAAACCGCUACGCAUUACAAAAAGGUAAUGGACGGCGACGUCGAAAAGCUAACGCCCUGCUCUCCAGGCGAUAAAGGAGCCAUGGAAAUGACAUGGACCGAAGUCGAUUCCGACAAGCUCCUCGAACCGCCAUUGCAACUACGGGAUUUCAUCAAGGCCGUCAAGGGCGCCCGACCCACCGUCUCGCAGGAAGAUAUCAAGCGGAGUGAGGAGUGGACGAAUGAAUUCGGGAGCGAAGGCGCUUGAUCGGGCACAUGUUUUUUUCUUUUCUUGGGGGGGAAGGCUUUCUUUUUCUCUCCUCGUAGAUGUCAUAUAUCGAAUGAUGAGAUGAGAUGGUAGGAGUAUGGUAGGGCUAGCAUAGCGAAGUUAUGGCGUUUUUGCUUUCUUUUUUAUUAUCGCCCCCCUUUAGCCCAAGGCUUGGUUGGGGGUUUUGGAUUAUCAUCACAAGAGAGGAUAGUCAAAUCAUAUGACAUAAAAAGAUAGGUAGCGAAUGCAGAGAAGGAACCUCGUACAAGAAAAACGACGUUGUGAAUAUAUAUAUCCAUCUACUAGCUCUCUCUCUGCCAACUGCACAUAUAGGUAC